CCCGUAAGUAAGCAGUUCACUGUUAGUCUACCCGCCAGGUUGUAUACGAAGCAUGUCACAAAUAAAAAUGCGAUUUGAUUAGAAAGUUAGCAUGACACUCCUUGCAAAAACUGUCGAAACAUAUACUGUACUGUACACCUACCUGAAAGUGGAAUACCAUGUGGAUACGAUUACGAAGACCAUUGAAUGAGGUUUAUAACUGCUUUAAACCACUUAAAGACGGAUUUAUUGGACACAAGUGGCUGUGCACGUCUCCGUGUGUGGCUGAAUGCGUCCCAGCCUUACCUACAGCUAGCAGGCUCACGGUGGAGCAAGCUGUCAAGUUAUGGACAGACCAUUUCCAGCAAAGAGGUGUCUCAGAGCCACAUCUCUCCAGCCAGUACAUCAUUGCACAUUUGCUUGGUGCUAAAACAUUAGAGGGCAUUGGACAGGACAGGCUGGCUGAAUUCCUGACACAAGAACAGACAGAGCAGACAUGGGAGCUCUGUUCCAGACGUCUCACCAGAAUGCCAGUGCAGUAUGUGAUUGAAGAGUGGGACUUCAGAGAUCUGACACUGAAGAUGAGACCUCCCGUGUUUAUCCCCCGGCCUGAAACUGAGGAGUUGGUUGGCCUAGUGCUUACAGAUCUCCAGAUGAAGCAGGGGACUGGACUAAGUGAGGAGACCAGCUUCAGGUGCCUGGAAGUGGGCUGUGGCUCUGGUGCUAUCUCCCUCAGUUUACUUAAGAGCCUCCCACAGCUCAGAGCGAUUGCUUUAGAUAAAAACAAGGAUGCUGUGGAUCUGACAAGAGAGAACUCACACAGUUUGGGGUUCCAGGACCGACUUGAGGUUCACCAUAUGGAUGUGAUGAGAGAUGCAGACAUAAUUGUGAGCAUGUGCAGUCCAGUCUCCGUUUUGGUCAGCAACCCUCCGUACCUGUUCUCAGAGGAUAUGAUAUCACUUGAACCUGAAAUCCUCAGGUUUGAGGACCAUGCUGCUCUGGAUGGGGGGAAAGAUGGCAUGCAGGUGAUGAGACACAUUCUGACUCUGGCUCCAAAGCUCUUAUCCAACCAUGGUCGUGUAUACUUGGAAGUAGACCCACGUCAUCCACAGCUCAUCCAGAAGUGGGUAGAGGAAAGUGUUGAAGAGUUACACUACUUGCACACGCAUCGUGACAUCACUGACAGGCCCCGUUUCUGCAUCCUUCAAAAAAAGUAGUGCAACACAGAUCAGGACCAGGACCAGCAUUGAGAGACUGUGUGAGAUAUGGAUCCUGUUUCACUGGCUUCAGACCAGCCUGCUACAGCCUCAACACCCACCAUCCAUCUGCCACGUACUGUACACACUACUGAGCUCAAAUAAUGUAGAAAUUCACAAACACACACAUAUACAUAUCGUAGAUGGGCUUCAUUUAUACCUGAGGACGUUGUAGGUGCUAAUGUGUGUUUGUGUGGCAAUAAAGGAGGGUGAUCGUGACCGA